AUGGCUAGCCCGGCGCAAAUCCGCGACAGUAAUCGCGUCGUCGAUACUCAUCCUCUAGUCGCAGAGCUUGCCAAAGUCUUGCCUAAGGAUCGCAAGUUCACGGCCUAUCAUCUAUCGACGCCUCCCACGAUAACCGAGCCUCUCUGUCAUCCUCCCGUGCACAAUCCGUCUAAAGAUUCCACAGACAGGCGGCCAAGUAAGCCGCUAAAGACGUACUGCGAAAAGCAUUUCUUGGCUAUCUCGAUUAGAACUGGGAAAGAGGGGGCACAUCUUGAUAAACAAGUUUUGGUUCUAGGACUAGAGAUCUACAUAUAUACAACAUCAUUCUCUACUAUCAUAUUCGUCUCCAAGGCAGAUUCCACUGGAUACUUGAACCUCUUGAAUCUCCCUAAAGGGACACCAUCUCCAAUUCGAGAAGUUACGGCGUGCUUUCUUGCCUUCUUGGUCGCCAACCGAAGACGACAAACAAAACAACUAGUCGUAAACCUAUUCGCCCGAGCUCAAUCACAGUAUCUUUUCCCAGGAAGUAUGAAAAACAAUGGCAAACACGUGCUAGAUGAUAGAGGCUUAGUGAAGUGGUGGUGUCGUAUACUCAACUCGCUACUUGAAGGUGCUGAUUAUCAAGAUGUGAGAGAACCUUGGAAUGCCAUACAUGGAUACUUGAUUAUUCCCGGACUAGACAAUUACGAGACCCGCGCCUUUUUACCUCGGACCAGUUUGGCAAUGUCAAACUGGACAUUAGACCACCCCCUCGAGAAGAUAUCGCCCUAUUCAAAUGAUCCAAGCAACUUUGGCUCCAACAUUCAUCCUAGGUCACUCAUCCCAACGUAUCCAGACGACCCAAAGGCCCGGUUUGUUCAAGAACUAGAGGAGUCGAUAGCUGAAAAGGCCAAGCUAUUAAAUGGCUGGAAGACGCCAAGGACGUUGGAUCAAUUCUGGGAGAUGAUGGCAUUUCGACAAGAGUGUUCCAGUGGUAGAUUAACUGGAUUUAUGUGGGUUGUCUUCGAAUCCCAAGCCAAUCCAAAAUCCAGUUCGUCAACUAUCAAGUCCGCGGCAACCAUUCCCACGCCAAAUGCCUCGUUCAGCGCUCCAGCCGAUGACAGAACGCCUCCCACUUCGCCCCGCUCAGCUCAACGGGGAAAUACUUCUCUUGGCACUCCGAGUGCUUCGUCGUCUAAGUUAAAUGCCCCAAAAACCAGAAAGCUUCGACGGAAGCGUAAGGCAAAGAAAGUCCUAAGCGGCCCAAUCAUCCCUCGGAAGCCUCAGAUUAAGACACAUCAACGGGCCCAAUUCCCAAAGCAAAUUGAGACGCCAUAUUAUUUCUGGCCGGAGAAAGGAAGAGGCCAAGUCGUCCUAAGUGAUAAUAGUUACACGAGAGCUGUCGAGGUGCUACUUCAUUCUGAGUUCAAGACUCUAGAACAUGCAAUCGCAAGUACAGCACGAUGGACUAAAGAAGUCAAUAUGGGCGAGAAUUGGGCAUUGGAAAUUAUCGGCGAGAGAGCAAGUAUCGAUUCUACGACGUCAUCCGGUAUAAGUGAGACGAUUAACAAUUUGUCUGGGAUGGUGCGGAAGCGUUCAGCUGACGAGAUUACGAACGAGACCACGUCAACUUCGACAGCAGUGAAUACGCUUGGCGGCGGCCUCAUUCGGAAGAAGGCAAAACUUGAUACCAGCGCGACCGAUGCGUCUGUUAACGUAGACCAGGAUUUUCCCGAGACCGAGUCAGAACCUAAGGCCAACAUUCUUGGAGCUGGGCUGAUUCGGAAGAAGCCGAAGGGAUCUUGA